AUGAUUGAAAUUAUGGUUUAUACUAUAAUUAUAUAUAAUGGAUUAGGACAAGUUGUAUCACAUUGUGUUAAUGUUUUGGGUUCGGCUUGUACUUAUAAAGAUAUUCAUUCAAACAUUGCAAAGUAUUAUUUUAUUCAUAUUGGUUCUGUCUAUGAUAUUAGAAUCUAUCCAUACGAUGAAAAGAAUAAAGAGAAUCCAAUAAUGAAGCCAAUCGAUAUUAGCUCGACAGUUCCACAGGGUGAAAGCUUUAUUUCAGUGAAAUUUCAAAAGCAAUGGUAUCAAAUCAAAAUAAUCAAAGAUUGUUGCUAUUGUCAGACUUGUUACUCAUUGACCAACAAGAACGACCAUAGUUUCAGUAAAUCAUUUUGUAUCAACAUAAGUGAAACAAGUGGCAAUCAUAAUACUAUAAACAGUUAUAUUAAUAUCAAAGAGAGUAUUAACACUGUUCGUCAAAAUCUAAUUUAA